AUGUACAGCUAAAUAUUUAGUUAAUAGAUUACAUUUCAACUAAGCAACGAACUCUAAAAAGUGCCUAUUUAUAUCAGAACUCUCAAUCAAUAUCUAUCAAAGCUGGUAGCUAAUAAAGUGAAAUACAAUCCAAAACAUAUAUCUUCUAUGGUUCCCCUCGAAAUGCUUCAUAUAAAUCAAGUUGAUCCCUAAAUUUUAAAAAUCUUCUAAAGAAGUCCUUUACUUGUGAACCUUUGGUUUUAAACAAAUUAUACUGAUAUAAGCUAAUUAGAUGAGUUAGGUUAAUAAAAACUCCAUAUUUUUGAUAGAUAUCACAUUCUCUCGAGAGCAUUUCAACUUUAAGAUGCAAUAAAAAGUAAAAUCACACAAAAAACAUUAAUAAUAAAUGAUUUCUUAGAAACAUUUUAAUAUGAGGCUUUAUAUUCAAUUAGCGGAAUGAAUACUACUAUCAAAAAUUAACCCAAAGUUCCACUUUGCGCAACAGGAAUAGAUCCACGUUGUAGAUUUUGGUAUAUUUAAUCAGCUUAAUAGCAAUCUGUUUAAAUGUUUCCUCCUAGUUUAAUUUAUGCUACACAAAUUCCUUCUUUAUCUUCGUUAUCUUGCUAAAGAAUGAUGGUAUAAAACAAAACCACAAAUUCGGAAUAGCUUGAAAGUGUCGUAUGCUUAGAAUUAAGAUUUAAUCAUACACAAAAUUACUUCUAAAACUAUGCCAGCUCAACUAAACAAAUUUAUUUUAUAGAACCAAAGAGUCAAAUUCUUUUGUACAACUCUUAAAAGAAACUUGGAGUAAAUUCGAUUGAAACUCUCUAAAGUUAAGAGUUUGAUAAUUUAUAAGAAUAAAGUGAAGCUUUUACAUUUAAUCAAACUCUUAACUAAAACUAUGCCGAUAUUGUUUUUAAAAAAGUUAAUAGCAUUAACAUAGAUAGCUUAAAUGAAAUUAAAUCUUUUAAUUAAACAUUUUAAUACAAUAGAAAUGGAACUUAAACUAUUGUUAUAAUGAAUCCUGUGUAUAUUAUUGACAAACGCCCAAAAUUUGAAGACCUUCCAACUGAUUUAAAAUCCAGCUUGUAUUAAAUUAAAACUCCUUACGUUUAGAUAAACAUUAUUUCAGACGAAGAUUUAAAGAAACAUUCAGAGCAAAUUGAAAACUUUUUUAAAACUUACUUUCUUAUUUUUUACAUUUUGUUAGGAAUUUUAGGAUCAGUAUCCAUUAUAAUAGUAAUUAUUUACACAUCUAAAAUCAAGAAUAUAUUUUACAAUUCGAUUAAAUAACUAACAAAGUUAUUAGUUAAAAUGAAUGAUUAAUAACUAUCUUAAGAUAUAUUUGAUUUAGUCAACGAAGAUGAUUAGCUCUCUUUAGAAACUUAUGAGUUGUAUGAAAGUUUCAGAAUGAUUUAUUAAAUUAUGCUAUAGUCUUCAGAAGAUUACUACAAAGAAAAUGAAACAAAAUAAUUAUUGAAAUUAAAUAAAAAUAUUGAGUUUUUUAAAUAAUUUGGAAACUUAAAAGCAGUUGGUACUACCCUCAAUAAUAUUGGAUCAAUUUUACUUUAAUAAGGUCACUAUUUCCAGGCUAUGGAGCAUUUUUAGUCAUCAAUUGUUUAUGCUAAAUACGAAAUCUAAUAAUUUUGCAAUUAAUAUCCUCAUACCGCAAGCAUUCUCUAACAGUUUUGCUACACCAAAAAAAAUGACUGCGACUAAAAUUCAUUGAAGUAAAAUAAAAGCACCCUUUCAUAAGUGAACAAAGCUAAUAGCUAAUUUUAAAUGUCAUACAAAGAAAGAGAAUCUUUCAAGAUAGAAGAAAAAAGUCGCUUCUCCAUUUUAAAAGUUGGUGGUUAUAAUAAAAAAUAUAAAGAAAAUUAGUAGACAAAAAAGACAUCUUACACAGAAAAUAACCUGCUUGAUGAACAAAAAGAAGACAGAAAUUUAUUGUUAACAAAUUUGUAUUAAAGAUAAAGGAAUUAUAUAAUCUCUUUAUUGGCUUUUUAAGAGUUUGUUGAUUCCUAAAACUAAAAAGUUAGAACGAGCUAGUUUUAAUUUAACUUUUGGAUUGAAAUUAAAAAACUUUCUAAAAACUUGAAAGAAAUUUCAAAAUAUUUAAAUGAAAGUGAGUUUUUAGAAAUUGAAACAAAAGUUUUGCUUUCCAAAUGUUAUUUUAAAUUAAAAUAUCAUUCAAAAUCAGAGUAAACUUUGUUUUUCUGUAGAAAGCAACUAAGUUAAAUACAAAUAAAGUAAUUAAAAAAUGAUAAUAUUCAAUUCUAGCCAGUUUUUAAGAAUAAAUUUAACAGCGAAAGAAAAAGCCCUUAAUUAUGCUAUAGACCUACGCAAGAUAAUUACCAAAAAGGCUCCCCUGUUUAAAUUUAUUUGCAACCACCAAACAAACAAAAGCUAAUAUCUUUCUCUAUAUAAAAAGAUGAUGAAGAAAAAAAUAAAACUCUAAAUUUGUUAUCUUAAAGUAAUUAGUUUUUAAACUUUAACAUAUAAAAUUAAACAAAUAAUCUAAAUAUCUCUCCUCAUUUAAAGAAUGAUAAACUUUUUGACUCCAUUUAGGGUUUACCUGAUUAAAAUAAACUAUAUUCUUAAUACCAAUAAUUGCAGAAUAGAAUACAGAAUGUUUCUUAUUAAUCUAAUUUUAGAGACCUAGAAAACAUUUUUGAAGUCUUCAGAGAUUUAGAUUCAGAUUAAUAAGCUAAAGAGUUUUUCAAAAAUUAUUUUUCAAUAGAUAAUAUGGAUUUGCUAUUAAGUUUUGCUGAAGCUGAAUUCCUUAUUAAUUAAUAACAACUCAUAAAAGCAGCAGAAAUACUUACUAGAAUAUUUGAAGAAAAAAAGACCAUAAUAUCUCAUUACUUCUUUAAAUUAGUUCAAGCAAUAGAAUAGAUUUUCAUAAAAACAAAACUACCAUCAAAAGAAUUAUCUUUAAUGAAAUAAAAGUUUAACUAAGAUACCAAAAUAUAAAUAUAAAUGGUGUAUUCAUCGAAUAUAGAAAACAAAUAAUUAAUUCAAUCCCUUUAACUUACGAGCAAUUUAGUAAAAAAAGUACUAAUUAACAAAGGAGAUUAAAUUGGUAUUAAUUUUAUUGAUUUUUCUGAUGGCUUUAUUAAAACGUUCAUGCCACUUACUUAAACUUAAUAAAUUAAUGCAUUUAUGUGUAACAUCAUUAAGGAUAUUGUGUAAACUGUAUCAAAUCCUGUAGAGCAUUCUAAGUUAAUGGAAUUAAUUCAUGAGCUAUUCGAUGAGAAUGAGCUUUUAAAUAUGAACUUUAAUAAUGAAAUAAUUUCAAAAAUAAAUUCUAACUAUUCAAGAAUAGAAAUAUUAAGUAAAUGUCAAUUAAGUCAAUAAGACAUAGACUGCUAAAGUAUAAACCAAAUGACAAAUUAGUUCUUAAGUCACCAGAAAUUAUAGGAAAAUUAAAGUUAAGAAAUUCUAAAUAAAUAAUAAUAAAAAUCCUUUAGUCCUUUCAUUUAAUUAUACUUCGAAUAAUCAAAAAAAAUAAAGCAACUUAGUGGAGACUUUUCAACAGAUAUUGAUUUAAAAAGCUAUAAUCAAGUAGAUUCUGGAUCAUAAAAAUCAUAAAAUUAGUAAUUCAAUUUAAAUCUUUGA